GUUACUUAUAUCACAAGGCUACAGGUGCCUUUAUUUCCAUCGCACGCUGGUGCUGGGAGCGCCUUGCCUUGAAAGCCUCCUCUUUGGACCUAGUCACCCACCGCUGUCCUCACGGUGAUGUUGGACUCAGUGACACACAGUACCUUCCUGCCCAACACGUCCUUCUGCGACCCCCUGAUGUCGUGGACUGAUCUGUUCAGCAAUGAAGAGUAUUAUCCUGCCUUUGAGCAUCAGACAGCCUGCGACUCCUACUGGACGUCCGUCCACCCCGAGUACUGGACUAAGCGCCACGUCUGGGAAUGGCUCCAGUUCUGCUGCGAGCAGUACAAGCUGGACGUCAACUGCAUCUCCUUCUGCCACUUCAACAUCAGCGGCCCGCAGCUGUGCAGCAUGACGCAGGACGAGUUCAUCGAGGCGGCUGGCAUCUGCGGGGAGUACCUCUACUUCAUCCUCCAGAACAUCCGCUCGCAAGGUUACUCCUUCUUUACGGACACUGAAGAAACCAAGGCUGCCAUCAAAGACUAUGCUGAUUCUAAUUGCUUGAAAACAAGUGGCGUCAGAAGCCAAGACUGUCACAGUCAUAGUCGAACGAGCCUCCAAAGUUCUCAUCUAUGGGAAUUUGUGCGAGACCUGCUUCUUUCCCCUGAAGAAAACUGUGGCAUUCUGGAAUGGGAAGAUAGGGAACAAGGUAUUUUUCGGGUGGUAAAGUCAGAAGCCCUGGCAAAGAUGUGGGGACAAAGGAAGAAAAAUGACAGAAUGACGUACGAAAAGUUGAGCCGAGCUCUGAGGUACUACUACAAAACGGGAAUUUUGGAACGGGUCGACCGAAGGCUAGUGUACAAAUUUGGAAAAAAUGCACACGGGUGGCAGGAAGACAAGCUAUGAUCUGCUCCGCUGUCAAGCUCCUUGUACGGAUUCCUUGUCUUCUAAAACAAUCAAUCGCAUUGCAAUAGACGUUUGAAAGUCUUUUCGUUGUUGUUGUUGUCGUUCACCUGCAAAGGCGCUGAUAAAAUUUCUCCACUUCUCAGCUUACAGUUGGACCGAGUUGUUGUUGUCUGCUCCCUCGGUGACAGCAACCCUUGAAGGAAUUCCUUCUUUUUUUCUUACCCACGGGAAGGAAGGAAUGAUCUUUUGUGGUACCUUGAUCAAACAUUCCUUCCCUAAUCAAGAUGGAGAAACACAAUAGCCCGUGCCAUUGGUGCCUACUCUGAGGGAAAG